CAUGGGCGACCCUUUUGGAAACGCAACACAUGGGUUGACCUGAUUGAUAUAUGGGUCAGAUUCCAUUAAGGUUCGGAACAAGUGACACUAAACCACUAGUACCCGCUAGUGUCGUCCAAGUACCCGCCAGUGACAUAAGUACCAGCAAGUGUCUUCCAAGUUAAACAAUGAUGGACUGGGGGGAGAGAUGGAGUGAAGUUCGUAAAUUGCUGGAAAGGCCUGGUCCUUUCACUCACCCUGAUUUUGAACCAUCCCCUGACACCCUCAGGAUGCUGCAAGAAAACAUAAAGGUCUUGAUAAUUGGUGCCGGAGGACUGGGAUGUGAACUACUCAAGGACCUUGGGUUAAUGGGCUUCACAAACCUUCAUGUGAUUGACAUGGAUACAAUUGACCUCUCCAAUCUAAAUAGACAGUUUCUAUUUCGUAAGAAAGACAUAGGACGUCCAAAGGCUGAAGUUGCUGCAGAAUUCAUUAAUCAGCGAGUACAAGGGUGCCGAGUCAUCCCCUAUUACAAAAAGAUUCAAGAUUUUGAUGAUGAUUUCUAUCGGAGUUUCCACCUGGUUGUAAGUGGUUUAGACUCCAUUGUUGCUCGAAGAUGGAUUAAUGGAAUGUUGCUCUCACUCCUGUGUUAUGAAGAUGGUAUGCUAGAUCAAAGUUCUGUGAUCCCUUUAGUUGAUGGAGGAACAGAGGGCUUUAAGGGAAAUGCAAGAGUUAUUCUACCAGGCCUUACACCCUGCAUUGAAUGUACUCUGGACCUCUUCCCCCCACAGAUCAACUUUCCUCUUUGUACCAUCGCCCACACUCCUCGUCUGCCGGAACACUGCAUAGAGUAUGUCCGCAUUCUCUUGUGGCCCAAAGAAAAUCCAUUUGAUGAAGACAUUCCUAUUGAUGGUGAUGAUCCACAACAUAUCAAUUGGAUCUUUGAGAAGGCCCAGAAAAGAGGAGCUGAGUUUGGCAUAAGUGGUGUAACUUACAGACUCACACAAGGGGUAGUGAAGCGAAUCAUUCCAGCAGUGGCAUCUACUAAUGCCGUCAUUGCUGCUGCUUGUGCGUCCGAAGUGUUUAAGCUUGCCACGUCAGCAUGUACACCUAUGAAUAAUUACUGUGUGUUUAAUGACACCGAUGGAAUAUACACAUACACCUAUGAACAAGAGAAAAAGGAAAACUGUGUUGCCUGUAGCCAAGUACCACAAGAACUAGAAGUUCAGUUGACAGAAAAGUUGCAAGAUAUUAUAAAAAGGCUUACAGAAUCACAACAGUACCAAAUGAAAAGCCCUGGGCUGCAGGCAAUGAUUGGUGGAAGAACCAAAUCACUGUAUCUUCACUCACCUGCAUCCAUUGAGGAGAAGCUGAGACCCAAUCUUAAAAAGACUGUUGAAGAGUUGGGUUUGUGUAAUGGAAUGGAGAUAGCUGUAGCAGAUGUAACUAGUCCAUCAACCAGAUUAUUCAGGGUGAAGAUAAAGACUUAAUGACCUUAUGUCAGUACAGUAGAGAACAUUAGUAUGUAACUGUCUUGAUGUCUGUUCAUUGUCCAUUAUUAUUUGUGAAGAACAUGUUGCAUAGUUUUAGUUGUAAUGUGUAGGAGUCUGCCAGUGCUUACUGUUUCACAUUCUUAUUCAAGAUAUGUUUUAAAAUUUGUUGACUGCAGUGUACCACACAAGCAACAAACAUUAUUCACACAUUAAAUUUGGCACAAAUAAGUCACCAA